UCUCUCGGUCGUGUCAGAAUACGGGUGGGAUUUCUCAUUCCCGGUUUCUCGCUCCCCUCCCUGUCUCUCAUCCCCCCUCCCUGUCUCUCAGUCUCUCUCUCUCUCUCUCUCCUCCUAGUGUUCUGCCCGUCUGUCUUCAGCAUGGCGCUGUCCGGCUCUUCCUCCUCCGUGUCUCUCCGUUUCUCCUCCCUCGCCUCCCGCUCUCUCUGCCCGUGAUGAGGGCUGGAGGAUGGAGCUGCUGGCGGAUCUCUCCUGGAGCUCGGUGGCGCUGCCCCUGGACGCCGUGGUGGCCAAGUUCCGGCUGCCCGCGCUGGUCAGGCUGAGCCAAGGUGAGAACGUGGAGGGAUUGUCUGAAGAGGAUGUCGUCCUCUUGCACUCAUGCAGACAGUGGACCACAGUUACUGCCCACUCUCUGGAGGAGGGUCAUUACGUCAUCGGACCCAAGAUUGACAUCCCGCUGCAGUACCAGGGGAAGUUUAAGCUGUUGGAUCAGGAUCGGGAUGUGCGAGAGCCUGUACAGUAUUUUUCGAGUGUGGAGGAAAUCGCUGGAACUUUUCCCGAUCGAGUUUUCGUCAUGGAGCCGAUCACGUUCAGCAUGAAGGUGGUAUCUGGGGAGUUCAGUGAGGACAGUGAGGUGUAUAACUUCUCCCUGCAAGCGGGUGAUGAGCUGACCCUGAUGGGCCAGGCCGAGCUGCUCUGCGUCCAGUCCCCCCGCGAGAAGUCACGCCUGGCUGCGUUGCUUCGGCGACUGGGAAAGGCCGGCGGGGCCCUGGGCCGUCCCACCCGUGCCAAGGUGCCCUGCCUGAUCUGCAUGAACCACCGGACCAAUGAGAGCGUGAGCCUGCCGUUCGCUUGCCGUGGCCGCUUCUGCACGCGCUCGCCGCAGGAGCUGCGCAUGCAGUCAGGAGAGCACACGGUCCGCAGCAUCGUGGAGCGUGUGCGGCUGCCUGUCAACGUGGCCGUCCCUACCCGCCCACCGCGGAACCCCUACGACCAGCACUGUGUCCGUGAGGGCCAGCGCUACAAACUCCUCGGCAUCAUCAGCAAGACGGUGGUGCUGUGCUGCGUCCUGCGCAAGGAGGAAGUGACGCCCUCCCACUUUCUGCUUCUGACCGACAUGCCACGCUUCGCCCUGCCGGACGGCCUGCUGCGCAGUGACCCCAUCUACCAGCAGGCGGUGCUGCAGAGCGCCAUCCGCUGCCAAGAUAUGUUCGACCCGGACGACUAUUCGCGGGCCGUGAGGGAGGUCAAGACUGAUUUCAUGGAAGAGUGCCUGAGUCCGCGGAGAAUACGGGUGUGCGUCCAGGGAUUCGGGCGCAACGACCUGGGACAGUCCCUGCAGAGGCUUUCCCUGUGUGUUUACGGGGGUGGGACCAUCACACACACUCUAACACCGGGUUGCAGGGACUCGCUGAGCAACACACACACCUCACCGAGUGAGGGAGAGGGUGAGGACCGCGAGUAUGUCACCCCUGAUUGGUCCACGGAGACGCAGGAGAUUCCGUACGAGGAGCUGUGGACCAAUCAAAGCGGCGGAAGCUAUGGAGAGGUCCAGGAAAGCACAGUGAAGGUGGAGCACAACCUCAUAUCCUUCCACUCCACCUCGUCCCUGGACGGGACAGCGGGUCCUGCCCAAGUGGCCACCACGGUGCAAAUGGAAGCGGGACGGGUGGCAACCCCGCCUCCCGUCCCACCCAAAUCGGAAGCUGUAAAGGAGGAGUGUCGCUUUUUGAACGCUCCUCCUGUUCCACCUCGCUGUGCUAAAGUAGGAGGCCCCGCCCCCAGCCCGCCAGUCCCUCCUCGCUUCCCCAAAGCCCCGCCCACAACCACCCGCAGCCCAAACCUGUCCUAUUAUUCCUCAGGCCUGCAAGAGAGCUCGGCUCCUCGCAGCGACAGCAGCUCCCCCUCUCCGGACUCCUACUCCCUGUACUGUUAUCCCUGCACAUGGGCUGACUGUGUGACCUCUGACCCGUCUGUGUCGCCAGACCCCACUCAGCCUGCACAGGCCUGCUGGUCCCACCCCCGGGGGGGCGGGGCCUUCACCUCAAACGUUCUAAACACACCCCUCCUCAGCACUGACUCCGCCAACAAGAACUACUCCACGUGCACAAGGCCCCGCCCACAGGCGCAGAACCGCUUUGCUCCAUUUGGUGCCCUAAACCCUUUCGCUAAUCCAGGACACCGCCACAGUUCCUCUGAUUGGCUGGUUCCUGGACGGAGCUCCCCAACUCUGAUACCUGACCUCACUAGCUCUGCCCACAAGGAGCCUUCAGCCAACCAGGAAACCUCAGAGGCGAGUCCAAGUCCUCUGGCCCGACCAACAAAGAGCACAGAGGAGGAGGAGGCUGUGACCCCGAACCUCGCCUCCAGUUUGGCCACGGCAAGGGGGGCAGAGGGCGGGGCCGUGUCCUUGUGGCGACCGCCUGCGGACCUCUGCUGGCUCUCGGUGGAGGAGGUGUCCGCCAGCCUCCGGUUCAUCGGGCUGUCGGACGACGUGGUCGGCCUGUUCAGCAGAGAACGGAUCGACGGCUCCAUAUUCACGCAGCUCACGGAAGAGAUACUGUCUGAAGACUUCAACCUCACCAAACUGCAGGUCAAGAAGAUCCUGCAGUUCAUCAAGGGCUGGAGGCCCAAGAUAUGAGCCUUUGAACACACGCUGCAAACCGAUUUGAAGGCACAUACCCAUGACGAUACGCAAAUGAAGAAGGAACAGUAGUGUCAGACAGAAGUAGCACAAUUGUGUGUGUGAAUACGAAUGUGUAUGAUCAUGUGAGUUCACACUAGGGCUUGCACGACUAAUUUCUGAUAGUCGGCCAGGUGUUCAGGAAACAGUGAAAAUGAUUAAAAUGAAAGCAUAAUGAAAAGCUUGCUACAAGCACCGAGCAGCGGAUGCUUAGUUUUGAGAUGCAGGGCGAAGUUAUUUUGCUGCAAUUCAACGUAGUCUUAAGCCCUGAUUUGACUGGGUGAUUGGUUUGGGAUAAAUGAUCGGCAUAACUUCUCCAAAUCCCUCUGGGAUUUAAAGGUCAGAGUCCAGAUAUUCAUAUCCGUGUUGCACACCAUAACAUGCUGCAUGGCAGGUCAGGGCAGGUUUUAUUAUUCUGUGAGUGUAAGCUGGACUGGAACAGCACUGUUAUUACUGAGGGAGCUCAGGGGUUCAGCCAACUGACCGUUUGCAAAAUUCUGAAAAGUCCCACCUCAUUUUGGGCUGUGUGCCCAAACAACAUGACUCAGAGAAGGGGGGCUGAGGGCUUUUACUGGCCUCACACCAUCCAUGGGCUGAGCCUCGAUCACAAGGAUUGAGACCCCUGGCCUGAGCCGGGUGAAACGCCACAUUUCCCCACGUCCACUAAGGACGAGGGACUCAGCGCCCGGGCUCUUCCCUCUUUGCUCGCCGCUACUAGGGGAAUACUUUGCUACUUUCUUUUCUUCCUCUUCGUCUUUGCGUCUGUCAAGCUUAGGGCAGCUGUCAGCAUCUGCAGUGCUAAGAAGUUCAGCAGCACAAAGGAUUUAAAAACACAUAAGGGAGAACAUUUGAAAUCAGACAUUUCUUGAAGAUAUACACCUAUAAAAAUGAACAAAACAAGCACUUAAAGAGAACAAAUGAUUCUGGAAAGCUUGUUUGCAUUAAUCAAACCAGGUGAUUCGUUUAGUGACGCGCAUAAAUGAGGUGCUUUGAGUGAUGUGAGCUACCCCUUCAGAUGAGCUAAUGCUGAAGCUUGAGCUGAUGCUGGAACUGGUCUAAGUGAUGUUAGAUGCUGAGUAGUACCUGCGAGCGCUAUACAGUCCUGUUUAAUCUGAUUUAUCACAUUGUGAGCAUCUAAGUUUUGGAAAGCAAACGUCUUUUUACGGCUGUAAAAAAACAUGGACAGUGUGGCUUCUUCUGUUUGGGCUUCAAAAUGACUGCUAUAUACAGUGUAGGGGAAACAAGUAUAUUCAGACUGUUCUGUAUUCUUCAUAUUUAAUAAACAUCCAGUGCAUAAAUCCUCUCCAAUGUACACACAGUGGCCCAAAUUCAACAAACGCUUUUAAUAACAUGAACUACUCUGCAGAGAGAUUUGAGCAGUAAGCGCGUGAAAUCAAGCGCCAGCAUUCCGGGACUUCACUUAUGCAUCAUUUACAUGGAGCACACCCUAAUUCAGGCAGAUGUUUUGGUAGGGUCCCAAUGAAAUGACAGCAUUCAGUGACUUGUGAGGCCUAUUGACCAAACUUUACAGCGUUAAAUUUAUAACGACUGGCAUCUUUUUUAAGCCGGCAGAAUGAUGUGAUCAUGUAGUGCAGGGGUGCUAUAGAAAUGACGCUGUGAAGAUAUGACAAACAAUUAUGAUUAUUCAGUUUUGUAUUAGCUGCUUUCAGACAACAUCCCAUAAUUUGAUUAACAUUAGUUAGGCUGUUUUGGUGCCACUUCGAGUAUGUGGUUGGCUAAUGUUAGCUAGCAGCUAGCUAACUCAGGGAUGAAAACGAGCCACUUACAACCACAAAGACGGCGAAAAACCUCCAACUGAGGAUCUGUUAGAAGAGAUGACUGUCCAAUCAGACGUCGCUUCACUUCAAAAAGCUCUCAAUCAAUGCACCCAUAGCUGUCAAUCACCUCCUCACCACACCCUUUUAAAUAUCACCAAAGAAACUUCUAUAAAACAGAUUUAUUGUGAAAGAAAAAAAUAUUGGGGUAUCUUUCUCUUUCAGAGGCGUUGAAGCUUGUAGAAGUGACACAACACCACUGGAAAAAAAAGAUAUAAUUUGGUGCCAGUUGCAUCCGCUUUCAUGGAAGUGGGCAGGUUUUGGGCAAAAGUUGUACUGCAGCCAGCCACCAGAGGGCGUCAGAGACAUUUUGGCUUCACUUUUUGUCCACAUCACGUUCAUGUUUUUUUACAGUCAUUGGCUGAUCUUAACAUUUUCUAUAAUGUUCCUUACCGUUUGACAUCUUAUUAAAUCGAUUGCUAACAAAUUCAGUAACCCCGAUGAAGUUUCGCUUCCCCUCGGCCCUGCGUACGUCUGUCUCAUAGUAGUUUUGAUGCUAAGCUAUGAGUUUGGUCUUCCGUAGAGUUGAAUCCAGAGUUUGUACAGCUACGGGAAUAAAAUGGUAUCAAAAACAGCUUCGAUCAGUUACUGAAUGUUCCUCAGUGACACCUUUUCAGAAAAUUGACCGCUUUACUGCCAGUGCCGUUCUCACUGCAAGUUUGUUGGGUUUUCCCUUCGCUUGACGGAGGAAGAAGCUUCUGAUUGGCUAAGUGGUGUGUCAGUCAUUAUUUCGCAAGCGGUCAGGCUGUAAGAACUACACACAUUGCAGAUUGAUACAUGAUUAAAAUCACAGACCUCCUACAGUAGCGUCCCCGGAAAAACUAAUCCAGCUCAAGUAGGACCGAGGAAUUAGUGAAGUUCUUGUGAAGUUCGUCCAGGCUAGUAAAGCACACUGGGCUUCAUGUUCUGCAGAAAAAGACUUGUUGACUAUUGUUUAUUGCAGAAGGUCACUGUAUUUCAUUACUCAAUCAGACGCCCACAGCGCCGACUAGUAGACAAUUCAGUUUGACUAGCACGAGUAGCCCUUAGCUCAUAUCACGCUCCUCCUGAACGCUCAAAGCUCAGCUGCUGAGGGACGCUGUCCCGUCAAACUACUGAACACCCAUGUGUAUGUGACUGUGUGGAUCAGAGUAGGUUAUCAGUGUCUGUGUGAGUGGUGCAUCAGUGUGUUGUGUUUUAAAAUGAGAGAUUUUAUAUAUUUAAAUAUCACUAGUUCAGCACAGACUGUCUACAGGGACUAAACUGUAGAUACUGGGGACUGUCUCAAACCUCUACGCCUCGUCAGUAAAGAAAUGACUAAAAAGUGACUAAUCUAAGAUCGAGCACUAUUUGAAUUUGUAUGUUUUAUUUUCGGGGUGUUGACCUCGUCGUUUAGAGUUGUUCAGCAGGUGCCUUUAAAUGAAAAUAGAACAAAGAUGAUAAUUCUGCUGGAUUUGAAUGAACUUUGUUUGUUGUUCGUUUCUUUUAAACCACAAAAAUGUGACAGCUUUGUACUUCCCUCCAUCUUUUGGCCUUGAUUGUGUAUGUGUGUGGUGACCCUCAUGCUCCUUUACACUGUAAGCCGAUUAUCGCCGCUGUCUCUUCAACGUGAACGUUUUACUACUCUGUUGUUCAUACUUGAAUGUUUAGUUUCAUACACUGUGUGCGGUGCUCAUUAAUUUAAAGAAAUAAUUUGGAAAAAAAUAUUAAGAAUGGAUGUAUGCACCCCCUCCUUACCUCAAGCGUAGACCAGCCAAGCUUGGUUGGUGUCUGAAUAUUGCUUCUUUAGCUUUAGAUCAAAAGCGCAAAAUACUGAAAAUGCAAAGUCCAGGCUUCAGAAUUACAGUGUCCAGUAUACAGCGUAGGGGAAACAAGUAUUCAGACCUCCUUGUGGCCCUUAUUUAUCAAAGUUGUGCCAAAAAGAGAGCCUUUAAUGAGGAAUGACAUUCGCGUGCAAACGAUGAAUCAGCUUCAGUGCGUGAAAUCAAGCGCCAGCCUACCGGCAUCUCAUUCACACAUCAUUUACAUGAAGCAUGCCCUAGAUAGUCUGGUAGGAAACCAAUAAAAUGACAGCAUUCAGCAACUUGAAAGCCUAUGGAUGCACUCGUAGGCAGAGUUCAAGUUCAAGCAGUGCACUGCGCCCCCUACUGACCAAAAUUUAUAGCAUUUAAAAUAUAACGACUGGCAUCUUUUUUAAGCUGGUGAUUGUAUAAUGCGUCUGGUCCUGGAGACGUACCGCCCUGCAGAGUUUAGCUCCAGACCUAAUCUAACCUGAUCCAGGUGAUGAAAGGCUUCAGGGACAAUGGUGUCAGAUGUGCUAGAUCUGAACUCUCCAGGGUGGUAGAUCUCUAGGAUUGGGCACAUGGUGUAGCGUGAUCAUUUUCAUAAAAUAACAUGAAAAUACAUAUAAAUAUUAUUAUUAUGGCAGGGACUCAGACACCUCUGCACAAGAUGUUUUAUGUAAUGUUUAUUUUGGGGACGGAGUUAGUAGCAUAAAAGAAAAGCACAAUGUAAAAAGGGAACAUUGAACAUUGCAGCAUUUGUUUAUAUGAGUGCGUUUGUAGAAGACAUACAUCUGCUCUUGCGCUGGAUUGCCACGUUUACACAUUACUCCUAUUGUUACUUUGUAUUAUUUAUUAUUAUUAAUGUAAUUAUAAGUGGUUUUGAUCAUAGUUUGGUUAGGCAAUUUAAAAAAUUGAUAACAUUGGGUGCGCUCACCUGACCUGAUCAAAUUUGACCCACAUUUUUCCGCAUCAUUAGUACUUUUGUUGCAAAUUUGUCUGGCUAUUAUAGCUUAAGACAUAAACAGUAAGACAGUAAAGAGUAAUUAGCUUUUUUGCCACAUUGUGGUUCAGUUUUGGGACAUUCUGUUCAAGGGUCCCUCUGAUGAACUUCAAAAAUCCUCCAUAUCAUACCAACCUUUCAGUGAGAUUCCCGCCACGCGAGCACCUGCUCCCUUUUUCAGAACCAGCUUUGAGUUAUUUUGACAUUAUGUUUGGCGUCAUUGUCUUGUCGAAUCAUGCAUGAUCUCCCCAUACAUGGACGAUAGGUUUACGUCUGCGCUAAUAUCUGCUGGUCUAUCUCCUUAUUCACGUUUCCUUUAGUGGCCUGUAAUGCUGCAGCGCUGUUUACAGCACGGCAGCCUCAUAUUCAUAUUAUGAUGCUACCACCAUCAUGCUUCACUGUUGUUCAUGGGCUUCCCUUCUAGUGCAAAACUAAGGAGGACGACUUCAGACACCAAGCAAGUCAUGGUUGAUGGAGGUGAUGGGGAACACUGAGUAAGUUAGCAGCCCACAAAGUUAAUAUAAUAAUAAUUAUACUAAGUGUAUUUUAUGAGUUUGUCUGUUAUUACCUGCUAUUUCAGUUUCGCUGGGCAUACCCAGUUCUAAAAUUCCAAUGCUCUUGCGUUCACUUUCCUCCCGCCGGCCUCUUUAGUGAGCAUCUUAAUGAGGCAUGAUCUUCCGUCCUCGUUGAUUUGGAACGUUAUUUGCCAUUAUACACAUGCACACCCACCUCAAGACCUUCCCUUAGAGCUGGUGUAGCCUCUGAAUAAAGGAAGAAAGAGCACGGUCUCUGAAGAAAAGUGAAGAAUGUGAAGUGUGCGUCACGCUCACACGCACUCUGUAAUUAAGUGACAGUAAUUAAAUGCUUACUAACCACAGCUUUUUAUGUGCGAGAGUUGUGUGUGUGCAAGUGAUGCGUCAAGCGUGUCUCCAUAAUGAGGGGUUUCAGCAGGCCCGUGUCGCUGUUUCCUCAGCGUCCGGGACGCGCCGAUGGAAUGUUCGAGGCGUAUGUUUCACACAUCCUCUGCUGUAGACACACUUGUGCUUGGAAUAAUAUUUAACAGCUUUAGUGUUUAUAUUGAAAUGUCACCUCCUGUAUGAUUUUAAUCCGUACGGAUUAGUUAAAGGAACAAAUAAAGGAAUCAAUAGUGCUCA